ACAGUUCAUUUUUAACAGGAUGCAACACUUAAACCAGACAGUGGACGUUUUAAAGCGUGUUGUGUUUUUCAAGCUUUUAAUGUUUAAAUAACACCCUUUCUUAGAGUCGACAUCAUUGCAGGAGAUUUUACGUGGAACUGGAAAAUGAUUUGUAAUUCCACGUUAGCAUGGCUUUAAAACACUUAAAGUUCAGUUUAAACGUCUGAACUGUGUCAUCUUUUCAGGGGUUUUCUCCUUUAUUUCGGCUUGACUGCAGUUCUGCAGACAGACUUGGACGUGUUCCUGCAGAUGUUGUUUCUGCAGAUGUUGCAGUGGCACUGAAACUCCCCCUAGCUGUCCCACCGGGGUGAACUGUUGCCCCGACAGUCCUCUAUCCUCUGCAGGAUGAUCCGGCAGCUCUUCAUCUUGUCCUCGAAGGGCGACCCCCUCCUCUUCAGAGACUUCCGCGGAGAGACGGGGGACGAUGAUGUGGUCAACGUUUUCUACCAGAAGGUCACGGCGCUACCUGGAGACCAGCCUCCGGUUGUCAUGACGCUCAGAGACCUCCACUUCCUGCACAUCAGGCAGGGGGGCCUCUACUGGGUCGCCACCACUUCAGCCGACUCCUCGCCCUUCACCAUCGUUGAAUUCCUGAACAGGCUGGCGGCGCUAGUGAAGGAUUACUGCGGCGGCCUGUCAGAGAAGUCGGUUCAGAUGAACUUUGCUCUGAUCUAUGAGCUGCUGGACGAGGUUCUGGACUACGGUCACAUCCAGACCACCUCCUCUGACAUGCUGAAGAACUUCUUGCAGUCGGAGGCGGUCAGCUCACGUCCGUUCAGCCUCUUCGACCUCAGUAACGUGGGCCUGUUCGGCGCAGACACUCAGCAGAGCAAAGUGGCUCCGAGCUCCGCAGCUGCCAGACCCAUCCAGGCCAGCAGGGAGCAGGGGGGGCGGAGCGAGAUAUUUGCGGACGUGGUGGAGCGGAUGUCGGUGGUGGUGGGCUCCAAUGGGGUUCUGAUGAAGGCGGACGUGGAGGGGGAAAUCCGAGUCAAGUGCUUUAUGCCCAGCUGCUCAGAGAUCCGGAUCGGCCUGAACGAGGAGCUCAGCAUCGGGAAGUCCCAGCUCAGAGGUUAUGGAGCGGCGGUUCGAGUGGACAGGUGCAGUUUCCACCAGGGCGUGCGACUGGACGAGUUCGACAGCCACCGGAUCCUCCGGCUCUGCCCCAGCCAGGGAGAGCAAACCGUGAUGCAGUACCAGCUGACCGACGACCUGCCGACCGCGCCGCCUUUCCGGCUUUUCCCAACCAUUGAGCGAGAUGGCACUGGAAGGUUGAUCCUGUUCUUGAAGCUCCGCUGUGAUCUGCCCCCCAAGAGCUCCGCCGUGAACGUGUGCGCCUCCGUCCCCGUCCCAAAAGGAGCUGUGAGUUUGUCUCAGGAGCUCAGCAGUCCGGAUCAGAGCGCCGAGCUGCAGUCCCAGAACCGGGCCGUGGUCUGGCAGAUCCCCCGUUUGGCCGGUGGAACGCAGCUGUCCGCCUUGUUUAAGCUGGACGUCCCGGGCCUCAGCUCGGCUUCCAUGCUGGAGGUGGGUCCAGUCGGUCUGAGCUUCGAGUUGCCCAAGUUCACGGCCACUGGCCUGCAGAUCCGCUUCCUGCGCCUGUCACCAGUGCAGCCGGCCCCAUCGCAGCGCUGGGUCCGAUAUGUCACACACUCUGACUCCUACAGCAUCCGGAUCUGACCGCAGCGGCAAAUGCUGACCGGAACCGAGUUACUCUGGGCGGCACCGCCUCUGUUGUGCCCGGAUGGAGCUGCUUGUUACAGCUGUGCUCUGAAAAAGUUGAGAGGCUGAGUUUGUUCUAUGAGCAGCCGCCGGUUCAGCUCUCUGCUCAGAACCAGGGGACAGAUGAACCUGCCCCGUGGUUCUGCCCCUCCUCUUCCUCUGGAGCCCCACAGGAAACCCAGCAGCGCUGAGCGGGUGAAAAUGACUUUCCGGAUCUCAAAGGCGGAUCUACAGGAUGCAGUAAGGAAAAUAUCCUGGAAGAGCCUGGAAAAGGAGGAGGCAUGUCUGACGUGCACCCGUUCAGCCGUGCUCAGCUUCAGAGCUAUACUCGAGAACCAGCACACCAGAACAAAACCAUCCACCGAAACCAAACACUGAUCAGAAAAAUGUCCUGAAGUCUGUCGUACGACUUAUUGGGUCUAUUUUAAAUUCUCUUUUCACAAAGAUGGACAAAACUGUUGAUCCUCCCACAACAAUCACUGAAAAAUCCAUAACUAUCACUGAGGUGAUCAUAAACAAAAUCUACUGAGUGAAAAUAUAUCACAUGACACACGCAUGGAAGCGUUUCUGUGCAGUUCUGGAGAGGCUGGGUCAGGACUUCAGAGGAAAAGCCUUUCUCAGCUCGAUCAAUGUUUGAAGUCAGUCAUGGAACAAAGAUUAUACCAGGUCCAGAUUGGGAAGUUUGUGUGUGUUUGUGUGAGGUGGGGACACAAACAGCUACACAACUGGUGACACUUACCAGCGGGACAAGGAAAGGAAUCACACGAAUGUAAAGCCUGGGUCUGUGCUCGUCAGCCAGCAUUUUCCUGCUGCUUCAUUCUUCUAAUGAUUUCAUGAUUCAGAGCAGCAGCUGCCUCUGACAGAAGAAGACCAGGCUCUCCCCAGAGUCUGUUCCAGUUUUCAGUGGAGUCCACGUUCUGAAACCACCUGGAAGCCAGAGGUGAGCAUACAGAGACUAAAGUCUCCAGCAUUGUCCUAACUACAGGACUCUCUGCAGCAACGUCAGCUCUGGUGACCUUUCCAUGACGGAAGCGGGUGUGGUGAACUCUUUUACUGCGUUUCUGUUCAUCUGGACGAAUGCAUUUCUGUUUGCUGGUGUUUCAGACUAAGCGGCUGCCGGUGGUGCGUUCCAUGAACCUUGGAGAUCUGAGCAUCAGUUAUCCCAGUUCGCUUGUUUUUGUCCAUUUUCAGAAGGAUUUCCAGCGAUCACAUGUGCUCAAUGACAGACGUGUUCUUGGUGCUGCAGAGGUUCACAUGCUUUCCUUUACGAAUGUGUUGAUGAAUGUCUGCAGAACAGACAACAUGAUGCAGUUCCGGCUUCCACAGCUCUGAUUUGUUUUUUCUGCUUUCUGUGUUUAGUUUACAUACAUGUAAAACUAAUUAGAUUCUAAUCUUAUGCUUGGCGUACAUGUAAAUGGGCUCACUCCCCCAUCCUGAUGCUUUGCCGAUACACCACACGUCCUGUCUGACCAAACUGAAAUGUGUUUUUUUUGAAAAUGUAAAAGCCCCUUUGUGUUGUCCUGUGGGUAAAAAGUGACCCACUGCCAUGUUUAGUAGAACAAAUGUGAUUACUUUUACCUGAAGAGACUCCAUCGUUAGAAAAAGUGAUACUUUGUUUUUUAUUUAUGUGUACAUGUGGGCUGUGCACCACUAUGAUUGUCUUGGGGGUCAUUUUUCACUAUUGAAAUAUAAAAGCGCCACACGCUGGUGCUGUCGUUUGCGCUCUCGCCUCACAGCAAAAAGACUCUGGUUCAGGGUUGCAUGUUCUCCUCCUGCAUGUGUGGAUGUUCUCCAAAGUCCAAACUCUAAUUCACAGAUACCUAAACACACACACAUCUACACACAUCAGAGCCAACUGAGGUUGCAGUCGGGUCAGUCAAAAGAAAAAGGUCCCAGUGGGAAGACUGAUCACAGGACAAAAGCUGUGUGCUGAAACGUUAGAAACCCAUCUGCAAAGCUCGCUGUCACCUUUACUGUCCUACAUGUGCUAAAUAUUGAACAUUGUUUUACUAAGUCAAAGCAACAGUCGUGUUUUGAGAAAAGUACUUCUAGAAUUUACUUCCUAAAAAUAAUAGAAUAAACUGUUGACACUUUUAUUCCAUUUCAAUAUAAUAAAUUCAGAAGUAAUUUCUUCACAUUUAUAAAAUAUCAAUAAUAAAAUAAAACAUUUAUUACAGUUUGACAAUCAUUAGAAAACAUAAAAAGUGUUUCCCAGUCAUUGUCUUUUUUUAUUCUAGAACAAAAUUCAUGCACAAUAGAUUUUGGAAUAAAAAUUCAAUUGAACU